AUGACUUUCUUUUGUAUAAUAUUUUUACUUGCGACUGUUCAACCGACUUAUCAAGUACUGUAUUCAUGCAAUUCAAGUGUCGCUUGUGGAUGUUCAUCAAGUCCAGUUUCAAUUAGCCGAAUUGUAGGUGGAGAAGACGCUGGUGCAUCAGCUUGGAGUUGGGCUGUGUCGAUUUCUAUUGAUGGUGAUUACUUAUGUGGUGGAUCAAUAAUCUCAAAUUCAUGGAUCAUCACGGCAGCCCAUUGUGUAGAAAAUAGCUUAGCUUCUUCGGUCACUAUUUAUGCAGGAUCCAAUAAUCGAUGGUCCGGUAUUCAAAAUCGAACAGUGUCACAGAUUAUUAUACAUCCCUACUAUAAUAGUCACACUUUUACCAAUGAUAUUGCUCUAUUAAAACUUACUUCUCCACUCAACAUGAGUGAUGAUCAUCUGAGUCGAAUCUGUAUGCCACUCAUCAGUUCAGCAAUUCUGGCAUCUGGCAAAUGGCCAGUAGCUAAUACGAUUGUUGUAGCAGUCGGAUGGGGUAGAUUGUCUGAGGGUGGUUCUUUUCCAACAAGUCUUCAACAAGUUACCUUGCAAACAAUAGACUAUCUAGUAUCGACUUGUGCAUCAAUGAUAGAAGACAAAAGAACACAAUUCUGUGCUGGAGCUCCUGGAUAUAUCAAAGAUACAUGUCAAGGUGAUUCUGGUGGUCCAUUGAUGAUGUUUACAACAAGUAAUCAAUGGGUAUUAGUUGGUCUAACAAGUAGUGGUAUUGGAUGUGCACGAUCAUCAUAUUCUGGUCUUUAUACUCGUGUAGCUGUUUACAAAGAUUGGAUUAUAUCCUAUACAAAUGAUUCUUUUUGGCUUGCAAUGGGAUCACAUGCAAACACUGUUUCAAUACCCAUUGGUCAUUUAUUUUUCUUUCUUGGAUUAAUUUCUCUUUUAACAUUUCAUCCAUGA